GGUCAAGGUGUCGAGGGGUCGGGUAGUGACUGGCUGGCGAAGACGUCAGCCCGCCUUGUUCCGUGAGGCGCGGCCUGGAGGGAAUUCUGAGUCCCUUGAGCUACGGCGGCGGCGGCGGCGGAAGUGACCGGAGUACCGCCGGCUCUUUCCCCGCCCCGGCGCGGCCGGCACCAUGCUGCCCUUAUCCUUAUUGAAGACAGCCCAGAAUCACCCCAUGUUGGUAGAACUAAAAAAUGGUGAAACCUACAAUGGGCACCUUGUGAGUUGUGAUAACUGGAUGAACAUCAAUUUGAGAGAGGUCAUCUGUACAUCCAGGGAUGGUGACAAGUUCUGGCGAAUGCCUGAGUGCUACAUCCGAGGCAGCACCAUUAAAUACUUGCGGAUUCCCGAUGAGAUUAUUGACAUGGUAAAAGAAGAGGUGGUGUCCAAGGGCAGGGGCCGAGGUGGCGUGCAGCAGCAGAAGCAGCAGAAGGGGCGCGGUGCAGGUGGAGCUGGCCGGGGUGUGUUUGGAGGUCGAGGCCGAGGAGGGAUUCCUGGCAGUGGAAGAGGACAGCAGGAGAAAAAGCCAGGCCGGCAGGCUGGGAAGCAGUGAAGGAGUGACCAUGGCCUUGGCCUGGCCUUGCCAGAGACUUUGAUGGGAAGACGCCUUUGCUGCUGCCUUGUACUGGCCUCAUGAUUUGGUGUCCUAUUUCUAAUUUUCAGUUAAUGAAUCUGUUUUUAAAAAAAGAAAGUUGGGGGCUGCGCAGGUGUUGGGGAAGAAUCCCAUGAAUCAUGUUUUUUGUAAUCAUUUGAAAUCCUCUUUAGGUAAAGUUAGAGUAGUCAUUGGCUCAUUUCAUAUGGGGGCUUUUUAGUUUCUUUACCUCCUUGGUUCCUGGGGACUUGAUUCCUAGGAAAAGUUCAACCCUAUUUCAUUUGAAAGAUUCUGAACCCUUUUUUUAAGUGUAGCCAAACAUGGUGGUCUUUGUUCCUGUUUUAAGGGUAUUUCAGGCAUUUCCAGAGUGGUUUUCUUGUGCUGCCGUCUGUCUUGUGAUGUUUGCUUUAAGAUUUGGGCAUUUCUGACACAUGGCAGGUUUUUUCCUUCAAAGUUACAAGCCCUGAAACUGUCAGGGAGGUGUUUCCUUUAAAUCUGUUCCCCAACCUUGCUGCUUCUUCUUUUUUUUUUUUUUAAAAACUAAAAAUAGAGGUUGGAACUUGUUUCAGAGAAUAAUUAUUGGAGUUGUUUUCCCUUCUUCUCCCAGCAUUUGUUUUGGGGAAACCACUUUAGUUUGUGUGACUGAAAUAAAAAUAAUAAACCAUAAGCUGAAAAUUAAUAAUUCCUUUCUACAUGCUCAACAGAUAAGCAUGUGAUUUCUUCAUUCUCAGACUGCCAUGGAGCAUAUUCCCACUCUCGCUCCUCAGGAAACCCCACUCCCUAGAAAGAUGGUGGGUUUGAGUAUUGUACUAUUCACUUUCUUUGUGGCACCAGAGCUGUCCCACUGGCAAACCUCUUAUCUCUUGGUUCUCUGACACACGUGUCCCUUUCAGAAGUUAAACUAGUAUACAGAAACACCUGUUACUUUUAAACAUCAAGAUUCUGGGGGUAGAAAUAGAAGAUUUUUAUUUCAAUGGUUUGAAAUUCUAACAUCAUCCUGCGUUUUUUUCAUUUUCGGGGGGGGAAAAUUCUCACCUUCCUUUCCCCUCCUUUCCACUUCUGCAGAGACAUUUUAUGUAUUGAGAUUGUAGCCAAGAUUUUGCUUUGAAAUGAUUCUCUGAAAUGUAUGUGGAGAACCUUCAGAGACAUCUAAAGUGUGGGCACACUUCAGCCCUUUGGAUGUACCUCUUAAAGUAUGUGGCAGGGGAGUUUGUACUGUUUGUAUUUGCUAUCCUGGGUCUCUUACAGUCACUUUCCUAUCCUGGGAAAACCUCGAACUGAAGUUGUAUAGGGAUGCAGCAAGAAAUACUUGAAAAAAUAUUCUCAUUGAGUUUUUCCACACUCCUUUAGAAAUAAGAAACCCAUUUCCUUUAGAAAUAUAGAGAUUGUAUAUUUUGUCUCAAAAAUUUGUCUUGAAAAAUAGAGCCAGAUUUUUGGGGGUAGGUGGGAGGAACGUUACAGGUAACAAGAAGGUUUUAUCUGAGAGACAACUCUCUUUUUUAAAAGAUGAAGAUGAAAAAAACCAUAUCCAGUGUUGUAAGCAAGAAGAAGCAUAGGUUAACGAGGUUUUACAUAUAUGCAUAUUUUCUCGAUGAUGACUUGGUUGAAUCCAUCCUGAAUGGUGAUUGGAAUAAAUGCUAUGUUGACCGAUAGAA